AAUCAAUAUGUUAAUUCUCCUCAUAACUCUCCAUUAAAUACAAGUAAUAGUAAUAUAAAUAAUAAUAUAAAUAAUAUAAAUAAUAUAAAUAAUAACUAUAUAGAUAAUAAUAAUAGCAAUAAUAAUAUAAAUUUAAAUUCAUCAUUUGUAGAAACUUUAGAAAAUAAUCAACACCCUUUAAAAACUAAAUCAUCAUUACCACCACCAUUACCACCACCAUUACCACCAAAUGGUAGCAAACCUACAAAAUCAAAAUCAUCUGAAAAACUUUCUGUAAAAUUAUUAAAAUCAAACGUCAAUAACCCAAAUAAUAAAUCUCCAACAAAUUGUAAUAUAGAAUCCCCAUUUAAUCAACAAGAAUUAAUACUACCACCUCCACCCCAACCACAACCAAUAAAUAAUUAUUUAGCAUCUUCAUCCUCUACAACAGCAUCACCAUCUUCAUCAAAUAAUUCAUCACCAUCAAACUCUAAUAAUUCAUCACCAACACUUCCAAAUAAUAAUAAAAUGAAUAAAAUACAGCUACCACAUUUGCAAAGUUUAUUUAGUAACAGCAAUAGUAAUACUUUACCAUCAUCAUUACCACCAAAUAAAUUACCACCUCCCGUACCACCAUUCAGGAAAAUACCAUCCAAUCUAGAUAUGAUGAGAAUAAAUAAAAGUAAUAGUUUAACAAAUUUAAAUGAAGAAAGUGCAACAUCAUCGAAUACCGAAACCGUUUCAGAUUAUGGUGACGACGACAGUCAAUUACAAUUAAGUCAACAAAAUUCAUCUUUCCCAAUAUCGCCAAGAUUAAGACACGAGUCUAAAGUUAUACCUUCAGAAAUCACACUCAAAGUUAAAUAUCAGCCAAGUCCAAAUGUUUCAAAUACAAAUAUUUUACCAAUCAAUAGAGAAUUAAUGUUUUCACCAUGUUCAACAAUCGAUGAAAUUUUAUCGAAUAUUAUAACAAACUUUCAAUGUCAUCAUGGUUUAAAAAAUGCUAAGCACACAAGUGAUAACGAAUGGGAAACUGAUGCUAUAGAUAUUAAAGAUCACCAAUCAUUUGCAUUGUUUCAUGAAAAUGAUGUUUUAUCACCAUUACAUAAAGAAAAGACAUUACUAGAGUUGGGUUUAAAGGAACAACAAGUUUUACUUUUAAAGACCGUCCCAUUAGUGUUUACAUUGGUAAAGGUUACAAUGCCACAAUUUAGUGAUGAAGUUUUACCAGCUGUUGCAACCGUUAAAUUUAAUCAAUUCACGUCAAUUCGUUCAGUCAUUCGUAAACUGUUUUUAAAGUUUCACAACAAUAUCGAUAUCACUAAACAUGCAAUCUACAGAGUGGAUCCAUCAUCACAAAGAGAAGAGUUACUUGACGAAGAUGAAUUAUUCUCAACUUAUAAUAUAAACCAACAAAGUAUUUUAAUUUUUAGAACAUUAAAUGGUCAAGAGAGUGAUUUACAUUCGUCCCAAAAAACUUUACAGCUUAAAUUUAUUGUUUCAACAGCCCACUUUAGAAACAACACUUUAAAUUUAUCUUUUGACCCAAGAGAUACCGUUUCUAAAGCUAUAAAAAUUACUGGUCUUCGUUCUGGGCUAUUAGAUAGUUUAAAUAAUUGUGGUUUCUUUUUAACUCCCGAAGAUGAUGACGAUGAAGGUUUUUGGAUGGAUGAGGAUUUCCCAUUAGAAAAUUAUAAUUUAAGAAAUAAUACAUUUUUAACAUUUAAAGAAAGAUGUAAAAAAUAUACUGUUAUAGUCAAGCCUGGUGAUAGAAAAUGUACAUUUAAAUUUGAUCAAUUUACCAAGGUUUCAACAUUGUUUAAUAUACUUGUAAAUAAUGAAAUUAUUAAAAAUCCAAAAGAUUAUUACUUAUCAAUAAAGAACGGACCUACAUUAGAAAAACACAGAUUCGUUUGGUCAUAUGGUGAUAUUAAAGGUGAUAUCGAAUUUAAAGAGUUCCCCAACAAAUUAUUGUUAUUUAACCCAGUCAACGGUGAAAAGAAUUUAGUUUAUGUAGAUUUUGAUGUUCCAAUUAAAGAUGUUUGUGCAAGAUUGUCUCAAAAUUUCACAUCACCAAUCGAUGGUGUAGCAAUUGUUUCAUCAUCUAUAAAUAGUCAAUUUAGUAGCUUGAGUGGUCACGGUUCAACUAGAGAAAGAAGUUUUACAUUUAAGAAAUUAGGUCAUUUAGUCAAUACUAUCGAUUCAAGAAAAUCUUUAAGAGACCAAGGUGUACAACCAAAUGAUGCAUUAAUGUUACAAGUAGUCGAUGAAGAAAUAGAUGACCAAGAAGAAUCAAAUGUGAACUCGGGUGAUACCACACCAUCUUCAACUCCACCAAUUCCAAUUGAAGAUUUAGUACAAGAUGGCACUAUUCUCUCUGAAGAAAGACAAAUUAAUAUUUGGGAUGAACCUGCAGAUUCACCAGAGAAUAUUAUUUAUUCUACCACAACUGGUAGUUUAAAUCCAGAAAUCGAUGCUGCCACAUUAAAUAAAUUAAUCAUCCGUUUGACCAAUCCAGAUUUCCAUGAUCUCAUGUUUAUGAAAACUUUCUUGAUGACUUAUUCAUCAUAUACUACCACCAGUACUCUUUUAAAGAAAUUAUUUGAACGUUUCCAAGUACCACAACAUAUUGACGAAAAAGAAAGAUUAUCUGCUCAAUUACGUGUUGCAAAUGUAAUUAAAUAUUGGGUCGAACAUCAUUAUGAAGAUUUUUGUCACGAAUCUACAAAGUUAAUGGUAGAUUUUGUUGAUACUCAUAUGAUGAUUGCUUUCCCAACAUUAGGUAUCCAAAUUAGAAAUUGUAUCUUAAAACGUACUUGUGGUUUUAGAACUGAAUUGGUUAGAACACGUAGUAAUGGUGCCUUAACUUCACCAAGAGGAACAAAUGUUUUUUCAUUAUCAAACUCAGUCAUCAGUACUCCAACCAAAGAUAGCAGUAAUUCUACAUUUUCAUCAACACCAAUUUUAUCAAGAGGUUCUUCAAAUUUAUCAAUCUCAUAUAAUUCAUCAGUUACAGGUAGUACAAUUAUUGGAUCACCAUUAUCAAACUCAUCAGUUUUAAACAGUGGUUCAAACUCUCCAUCAUUAGGACCAUUAUCACCAAGACCCAUUUCAUCAUCGGCAUCUACCUCAUCAAGCUCAUUAUUAAAAUCACCACAACCAAAGAGAAUUCCUGAAACUAAAACAAAAGGCUUCUUAAAUCCAAGAACCUUAUUCGACUUUGAUGACGAAGAAAUUGCAAGACAACUAACUCUCUAUGAUUUCCAAUUGUACAGCUCAAUCAAACCAACAGAAUUUUUAAAUCAAGCAUGGAAUAAACCAAGUAUGGCCGCUAGAAAAUCACCAACUAUUUUAAAGAUUAUUGCUCGUUUCAAUGAUAUUAGUGCAUGGAUCGUUCAAUUAAUUUUACAACCAGAUCGUGUUAAAACCCGUGCUAAACGUUUAAAGAGAAUUAUCAAUAUUGCUGAUGAAUUACGUAAAAUAAAUAAUUUCAACACAUGUAUAGCAUUUAUUAGCGGUAUCAAUAAUUCUGCAAUUUUACGUUUAAAACAUACCCAUUCACUUCUCACAAAGAAAUAUGUAGAUACUUUAAGAAACUUAGAAAAAGAAAUGAAUUGUGAAUCAUCAUACAAAGCCUACCGUGACAAAUUAAAAAAUUCCGACCCACCAGUAGUACCUUAUAUUGGUUUAUAUUUAACUGAUUUAACAUUUAUAGAAGAAGGUAACCCAAAUAUCAUUAGAAACAACUUAAUCAAUUUUGCAAAAUACUAUUUAAUUCAUAAAGUAAUCUCUGAAAUUCAACAAUACCAAUGGACAGAAUAUCAACUAAAUGUAGCUCCAAUCAUUCAAACCUUUAUUAGAGAUAUUCCUCAAGUAAAUUUAGACGAACUAUACCAAUUAUCUUUAUUAAAAGAACCAAGAGGUUCUUUAAAAUCUGAUAUUCCAUAAAUAUUUUUUUUUUUAUAAAAAAAAUAAACUAAAAAUAAAACUUUU